UUAAAAAAUAUAUGUGGUGUUAAAAAAGUUUUGAAAAAUAUUUCAUUUUUAUUUCAAAAUUUCUGAAAAAAAUUUAAUGUGUUGUUAAAAAUAAAACAAAAAAUUUGAAAAAAUUAUUUGAAAUAGACGUCUUAGUAGCGUCUUUUUCAACCAAAUGUUUUAAUUCUCUUAAAAUCGCAGAAAUUGUAUAAGCUUUUUUAACUAGUGAUUUUUUCGAAAUAACGGUAAUGCUUAAUCUUAAACACAGCGCGCUGGUACGCGUUAAUUUACGGUGAUAAUAAUGAAUUUAAAUCAACAUAGUGGUCCUGGUCCACCGCAACAACAGCAACAACAAAAAAUGAAAACUUUACAAAACUCCAACAAUUCCAAUACCACCGCUGUUAAUAAUAAAAAAAUUACUUUAAACGACAAUAAAACCAAUUACGAUCAAGUUGAUUGUGCUUCGUCUUCUAAUAACUCGGUAAUGUGUGCUUAUGUUGGUGGCAACAAUAUGACUUCAUCAACGGCUUUAAAUAAUCUUAAUAACGGAAGUAGUGGUGGAGGUUUGGUUAAUGGUGCCAAUAAUUCUUUGGCCUCUAAUAAUGUUACAAAUGGCUGCUUAUCAUCGUCAUCAUCAACGUCAGCUCCUCCUGUGGCCCGCACUAUAUCCUCUGAUCGUUUGGUAACGGGUCCUUCCUGCAAGGCUUUACGUACUGCUGUUUCUGCUUUAUAUUCUGUAGAUGAUUUUGUUAAGGAGAAAAUUGGUUCGGGUUUUUUCUCGGAAGUUUAUAAGGUCACACAUCGUACAACGGGACAAGUGAUGGUUUUAAAAAUGAAUCAAUUGCGAGCAAAUCGACCAAAUAUGUUAAGAGAAGUACAACUUCUAAAUAAAUUAUCACAUCCAAAUAUAUUAAGUUUUAUGGGUGUUUGCGUACAUGAGGGACAAUUGCAUGCCUUAACGGAAUACAUUAAUGGUGGAUCUUUAGAACAGUUAUUGGCCAACAAAGAAGUAGCAUUGAGUGCUGCUGCAAAAUUAAGACUGGCAUUGGGUGUAGCUAAAGGUAUGGAGUAUUUACACGGUGCAGGCAUCUUUCACAGAGAUUUAACCAGUAAAAAUGUAUUAGUAAGAAAUUUACCCGAUGGACGUUUUGAAACGGUAGUGGGAGAUUUUGGUUUGGCAGCCAAAAUACCCGAUAAAAAACAAAAGACCCGUUUGGAAUAUGUGGGUUCACCAUAUUGGGUUAGUCCGGAAUGUUUAAAUCAUCUCUUCUAUGAUGAACGCAGUGAUGUGUUUUCCUUCGGCAUUAUCUCUUGCGAGAUUAUAGCACGUAUAGAAGCAGAUCCCGAUAUAAUGCCUAGAACCGAUUCGUUUGGUUUUGAUUAUCUGGCAUUUGUUGAAUUGUGUCCCAUGGAUACACCACCUGCAUUUUUAAGACUGGCAUUCUACUGUUGUAUAUUUGAUCCAAAGAGUAGACCAACGUUUCACGAUGUCGUCAAGAAACUGACUUCGCUUUUGGAAAAAUAUGAACAUGAUCCCACGGGUUGCAAUGGUUCAUCUAACUCCACUAUUAGUGCCAGUUCUAGCCCUUUAAGUUCAUUGGAAAUCACCUGUUCUCCCAAUGGCAGUGAUUCGGAAAAUUUCUGUCAAGCUUUAAAUCACAAGAAUGGCUGUGCCCGUCAUUUGGCCAUCAAAAAGUCCUUAAUAAACACCCCCUUAACAUCGGCUAUUAGUACGGCGCCCGCUGGUCACAUGACCCCCAGACACUUAAGAGAAGUCAGUGAAAAUGGUUUCCUAUUCCCCGAAUCGGGAAAUCGAAGCAACUCUAUACCCAAUGGUGGCUUUAGUGAAAUUGAUGAAAACCGUAUAAUUAAAAACCGUGUUAAGAGAGCAACGAAGAAAUAUGAAAAUAUGGCAGCUGCUGAGUUAUUAAUCCAACAACAACAUCGUCGUUCGCUGAGUGAAAACAUUAUACAUUUUCCAUUGCACACAACGCCCAGCGAUAAGGCGAGAUGCCAUCAAAUGCAGCGACAAAGAUCCUCUACGCAUUCCCCUACUCCACCACCUGUGGGUGGUUUUACAAGUACCAUCAUCGUUACUGCAGACACCUUGCCAACCAGUGAAUCCCCGCCACCAGUUUUAACGCUACGCAAAGUAGCCGAAACCAUGUGCCUCAAAGAUCCCCAAUACAAACCAAUUAGGACUGAUAACAAUGGAGUUAAAUCCAACCCCUUCACAGCUAUGGCUCAUUUGAAAGGUGUUAAAAAGAUUUUGGGAGCAAAUCCUAAAAUAUACGCAGCUGGAGGUGGAGACUUGUUUAGUUCAUGCUUUGAAAUCUGUGCUCCUUUCUUCAAGGAGUUGGUAGCUUUGCAGCAGAAGACCAUUAUAGGAGAAGAUGGGAAAACAGUGGUAACCACGCCCAAUGAACCAAAGAGUCUACCAAUAUCACCACAAUUAACACGAAAACUAAGUGCUAUUGAGAUGAAAUUAUCGCCGACACUUAAUCUGCCACGUUGUGCAUUGGCCGAUGAAGAUGAUGAUUGUGUGGAUGAGUCAGAUGCCGAACAGGAUGCAGAUGGGGGUGGAAAUUGUGCAGAUGCCGAAUCAAGUAGUGAUGAUUCCGCAGAGAGACCAACCCCUGCCCCUGUUGCAAGAAAAUAUCGAGCCAACUCUCUGUACACCCAUCCCUUGUUUCGUGGCACAAGUGGCAGUAGUAAACUCGAAGAUGCAACCGUUUUAACAACUUCUUCAUCAGCAGCUAAUGUAAAUAUAGAGGAUUGCAAUUCUUCCGAAGAUGGCUGUGAGGAGGGCUUAAAAUCAUCCAAAGAUGUUCCUCUAACAGCCUCAACACCCUCGCCACCAUCACCACCGCCACAACCUUCUGUAGCUUUGGCAGCCACACCUGCUUCGAUGUCAUCUUGUACGGACUUUGAUUUGAACGAACUGAAACCGAGUGAUUUUCUACCCACUAAAAGUUCAUUAACGCGGCGUGAUUCCAUAGAGAGUGGGUUUUAUUCAUGUUUCAAUGAGGAAUCAGAUGCUGCUACAACAUAUCGUCAAUUUAAUGGUGCUGGAGUAUCGUCGCUGGGUUUGGGUUGUGGUGGCAGCAAUUGUUGUUUCGAACAACUCAAGUCUCAGCUGAUGUUGGAAGUGGGUGCCAAUGGUGAAUUAAGUGAUAAAUUGGCCAGUCUAUGCCGCUGUUGCUAUUACGGUUCCACAUCACAAAGCGGUCAACAUCAGCAGCUACUUAACGAUUCCUCUUCCACCUCUUCCUCUGUGUUGCUUAUAGAUGAACCUACCAGUAGUGCGGCAGCUGGUGGCAUUAAUACUUCCUCGAGUGCUGCUGCUUUAAGAUCCUUAGAUGAUUUGGAAUUACCGGAUGCGGCACGCAGUCAUCGCCGCUACACUUGCCACCAUCAUUUGCUGGGAGGGAAUAAUUACGAUCCUAACUUCACAGCCACAGCUGGUUUAAUAAAUAGAUUAGCUUUGGAUUCGGAAAUACAUUCUCUAAUGCAACGCAGUCCCUUUGCCACCAAUCAAUUGUUAUAUUGUAAAAAUCGCACCUCAUCCAUAUACACCGAUAGUUCCGAUGACAUCAGCAGUUUAGCCGGUUCGGAUUCUCUGCUUUGGGAUGAUCGUUCAUUUGCCUACCCCACCAGUACAAGAUCGGCACAAAUUGCAAAGAUUGUGGAAUAUUUCGAACGUAAGAGACAAGUACCUGAUAGUACACCUCCACCACGAGGUACCAGCGCAGCAGGUGGUAGUGGUGUGGGUGGUCAUACCUCCACCGCUGGCAGUGGUUCAACUUCAUCGUCCUCUUCAAUGGCUGCUGCAGUAGCAGCUUCUGCUUUAGGUUCAUCCUAUUUAUCAUCAUAUGAAACGCGUCGUUAUUCCGAUUUUAAACGUCAUGCUGCUAUCAAUUCAGAUUAUGAAGCCUUCUGUUUUGAACUGGACAAAAAGCCUUCUCAGGCUAGACUGAUGGUGUGCGAGGGAGCAGUUAAGUCAAAAUUACAAAUAUUCGACAAAUUAAAACAACAACAACAACAGCAGCAACAACAAACGGCCUGUAAUAUAGCUUCCACUAGCACGAAUUUAAACCAAAAUAUUGUAGGUUCCACACAGUGCUUUACAAAUUCGCUACAUCAUCAUUUAAAUACUGCAGCAACAACGGCAUCGAUAGCUACUGCAUCGGCUAUUACAACGACUACGCCAACUGGUUCUAUUACCCCAACUCAGACAACUACGAGUGCUACUAAUUGUCCACAAAUUAAUACAGCUGGUUAAAUGCCCCUCCAAAAUUAUUUUCUUUUUUAAGGCAGCUGGUUUAAGCUUUUCUCUUGGUUUUGCCUUUGAAUUUUUGGUAUUUCUUUUUUUUUAAUUUACAAUCUGUGAAAUUUUUUAUAUUUUUAAGUUUGUUAAAUAAUUAUUUUUCCUAUUCUAACACCUGCUUUUACUAUGUUCCUUUCAUUUUUUUUUUGCUCUUCUUUUAGUUUUCAUUUUUUUUUCUUUUAGAAACCUUAACCAAAAAUUUGUGUUUGUUUAUUUUUUU